UAUUUUCUAAAAACAGUUGAGUACCAGUCUGUAAAAAUGGCGGCGCCCAUCGAAAUAAAUGUGUCGCAACUUCGGGUUAGUUCUGUGCUAAACAGAGAUGUAAAGCAGUAUGGAAAGAAAUUUCUGGUGGAUGGUAAUGAAGACACAUGCUGGAAUUCAGAUCAGGGUUCACCGCAGUGGAUUACAAUAGACUUUGAGAGGGACGUUGUACCAGUUGAUGUCAGCAUUCAGUUCCAGGGAGGUUUCGCAGGCGGAGACUGCUGGCUAGAAGGGAAGAUGGAUGUUAACUCUGACUGGGAGAAAAUAGACGACAUCUAUCCUGAAGAUAAUAAUUCACUACAAACAUUUAAAGUCAACACUUCAGGGAAAGCCAUUGUGUCAAUGAAAAUCGUGUUUGGUAAAAGUACAGACUUUUUUGGACGGAUUACUAUAUACCAGCUGAAAGUGAACAGAGAUAUCAGAUGAUACUGGUACAAAUAUUUUAGUGUUACUCAGUGUUUUAUUUGUCUAUCUAUGCUGGUUCAAUUCUGAUAGAAGUGGCUAUAUUCCUAUAUAAGGAUUUUAGUAAUUUGGAGAUCUGAGUGAGUCUGGACUUAUUUGGAGCAACUAUUAAAAAGGAGUUUCAUUCUCCAUCCAGUACGGUUAUGUAAACCCCAUUUAUGGUGUACACAGUAUUCAGCAUAAGGAGGAAUGUGACAAUGCAUUACAAAAGUGUUACCUCAGUCUGAAAUUAACUAUAGGUCCAGAACCAGAUAAACUUAAGGUUCUUGGAAACCAUGGUGUUACACAGACGAACUAAACUCUUUGAUAUUCUAACUUGGAAGUUUCAGACUUGUGGUAUUAGUAUCAUUAUGUCUAAAUACUAAAUUCAGGCAUGCUUUUGAUACAGUACAAUCUCGAUCCUACGAAAAGCCAAGGGACCGGCCGUUUUUUUUCGUAAUAUCGCAUUUUCGUUCGAGCGUAGCAUAGGAAAUUUCGCUAUACAACACAUAAAUAUCUACACGUUGUAACCUGUGAUAUUUAAACAUGUGAUUUUCGUAUCGAAGUACAUAUAUACCAAUUUUAUAUGUACAUCUGGGUUUACUACAAAUCUUAUUCGAAUCUGAGCUCAGAUGGUAUGUAGAAUGUAAAACGGGUUGUUUCUUUUUUUUCACUUUUUAUUCACUGUACAUAAAACAUAUACAGGGUACAUUGUUGCACGAGAAAAAAAAAUCGCAAUUGCAUAUUCUGAUACCCUCAGCUACCCUUUACUGAAUUGUUUGGUAUAAUAAAACGACAAUAUACAGACGAUCAGGACUUAAAUAUUGUUUUAUUUUAUGCGGUGAUUGUUUAAGAUGUAUAGAUACCAGAGCAAGUGUGACUUGUAUGCCAUCCGAUCGGAUAGUUACAGGAGAAAAAAAUAACCACUAACUUGUGUCAUAGUGUACAGCAUAUGUGUGUUCAAAUUUAAUUACUAAGUUUUCACAGCUUAAUCACUGUAACAUAGAAAUAAGAAGGAAAGCAGCCGGGUCCACAACACCUUUUCGUAGUAUACCGGUAUUUCGUUAAAUUGCGAUUCGUAGCAUCGCGAAUGCACUGUAUUUGCACUACUCAUGAAAAUUAAAAAUCUGGCAAUCAGAAGUUAAAGAUUUUUUAUCUUACCUGUAAAACAAAACAAAAAUCUUUUAGUUUUAUGUUAUUUCAAUAGUUUUUACCAAAUUAUACCAGUUUUGUAUGCAUUACAUCAUGAGAAAAAUAAUGUGACAAUAUUAAUAAGGGAAAAAGUGGAAUAAUUCUUCGAGAUUUUAGAUUAUUUUACAUUUUAUUAUGGUGGAACAAAUAGCUUUGUUUUUUGUAGGUGAUAUUUUACAAGUCAUAUUUUUUGUUACAUAACACUAAAAUUAUGAAAUGAAAAUCUUCAGUUUGAAACAGUGAAAGUUAAAAAUACAGUCUAACCUGCACUAACGGUCACCUCCAAUCAGCGGUCACCUCCAUUCAGCGGUCAUUUUAUGACACCCCCGAUGGAUUUUCCUCUAUUUUAUCACUUCAUUCAGUGUCCACCGAAUUUGUCUCCCGACUGCCGUAUUUGACCCCUUUCAGCGGCAAUUUUCUUCCGAAACCAAUUAUUUUUAGGCGAUAAUCGCCGAAGAUACCUGAUUUUUGAGAAGCAUGUGAUUGCUAAGUUUCGCAUGGCUUCACCACAAGGACAACAAAAUGACAUGAGCUUCUCAAUUAAAACUGAUCGAUAACUAAUUGGUAGCAUAAUAUUUGUGAUUUUUUAUACUUCUGUCAUCAAAAUACUACUAGUAUUAAAUUUAUACGAAAUUAAUUAUGUUUGAAAAAAUAUAAACCACUCUAUCUUUUACGGAUCGUAACAGCAAACUUAGAUUUUAGCAUAGACAAUAAGUGCGGAGAGUAGCUUCCGUUACCAAUAUGGCGAAAAUUGUAAACAAAAUUGUUUUGAAGUUGGAAAAUUGUCUGUAACAAUUUUUGUUGUAAAAAAAACCAUGCCGGAAUUUUAGACUGCUAAGAAGACCAUUCGUAUUGCGAAGGCAAAUGCACGUCAUUGUAUCCUGGUAAAAUAAAAUAGAAAACCGAAAAAGAAAUAGGCCUAAAGGCUAAACUGGUCAGAAAAAUACAUAUACUGGUUGCACCUCUGAUCAGUGGUCACCUGGCUUAAGCGGCCAAAUUGUCUGCUUCCCUUGGCUGGCUGCUUAAGACAGGUUAGACUGUAUACAGACAUGUCAAAUUUUGGUUGUCUGAAAGUCAAAUGCUCGAUCCUUGGGAAUUCAAGAUACUGAGUUUCAACAGUACUGUGAUUAAGAUGUACUGACAAGCUGGCCAUUGAAUUAAAUCUGUGGUGUGGGCAUUGUUGAGUACAAAUUCCAGUGGUAAUUCUAGUUGUCAAAACAUUCCAAAAAUUCUAGUGGUCAGGACACUUUGAAAUAUUACAGUAACAUCAAAUAGUGUACUCACUCAUCAUAUAGUUUCCACUAAAAAGAAAUGUCCCAUUAUUUUUUCAGGAAUUAUGGCCUGUUCAGUACUUUAUUAUUAUACCAAGCAUUUUCAGGGGGCAUGUGUCAUAUACUGUUGAGAUCAUUCAUGUUUAUUCCAUUAAUUUAAAGAGCACACAUUUAUGUAUGCGAUAUAAAAACAUUAAAAAAAAUUCCACUGCUGGAAAAAAUGAUACUAGAUAAUAUCUUCAAAUACACCUGUAUAUUUGCCACUCCACUUUAAGAAUUUUUUAAAAUAUUUGCUUAAAUAUAGCUUAAAAAUAGGUUUGGGGAAAAUUUUUAAAACUUUCAAAAUGUUUAAUUUAUUAAAAAACCAAACAAAAGAAAAAUAGUAAGAUUGAGAAUAUUUUCAUUAUUAUCAGUAUGUUAAUUAUGAUGGAAAAACUGUUUAUUGCCUAGGGCAGGAAGGUCUAAUACGGGGAGUAGAAACUCCGUAUAAAUCAAUACAUUUAACUGUAUUAUGCUGUCGUCCAUACCUGUAAAUUUCGACCAGUCGUUAGCGAUCGAUAUUUUGUUUUCGCCACUAUCGAUUAGCGUGUAAUUAGCAUAUUACCUCAUGCUAAUCAUGGAGCUAUAACACAUUGUUCAAAGGGUUUACCAGUCACAUGUUAAGUGGCGAUAAUUAGAUAUCAGAGAUUGAUCUAAAGGGAUUCUGAAGCAAAAACAGCAUGCGACUGCAUGUGGUGAUAUGCUUAAUUAUUAUGAAUUAACUCGAGCUCACUUCCCUGAAGAAAUAUUUUACCACGUAACUUCAAACCUUUAUCAAAGGGCCGAUUUUUGUUAGAUUUGAAUAAAAAAAAUGGAAAAUAACAGAAAGCUGACACUUUUCUUAAUCUUGUAGAGCCAUAAUUAUAAUUAUUGUUUAUAAUGUCAGAUUUCUACAUACAGAAACAAACAUUCUUCUUGAACGUAGGGAAUGUUUCAAACGAAAUUGUUGUUUAAACUCCAAAAAUUAGUUUAAUAAAUUUAAUCUUAAAACUGAUGUGUGAAAAAUACAAUGUAUCUAAAUUAAAAUAACAAUAUUUUUUUAAAAAAGGCCGACAACGAAGUUACAUUUAGUAUUCCGAACUUUUAGAUAAAACUGCAGAAAAUCAUCUAGGUUUAACACGCAUUUAAAUGGUGAAGAACAGAGCAAUAUCAUAAACAAAUAUUUUCAGGCAACAGUUUACGGUUUCGACUUGCUAUUUUCAUUAAAAUAUGUCCUAUUUUUUUUGUUCUAAAUACUCUGAAUCAACAAGGCAAAUAUCAUGUAAAAAACGACAUAUUUCUCUCUGGGUAAGACAAGUCUAGAUUUAGCCAUUUUCACAGGGCGAAAAGUAACAUUAAUGUAGAUAUUUUCCAUUUAAAAACAGAUGCAGGCAAUAAUUUCAUGGCAGAACUUUUGUUUUCAAGAAAAGAAAAUUCAACAAAUGCUUUCCCAGAUUUUCACUGAAAGGACGAGUUAAACUGUAAGGCGUAAGUGUUUGAGUAAUAGCAGAAUAACCUAGGGCAUACGCUUCGAUUGGACGACAGCAUAAGAUAAGAUAAAUGCCGGUUUCCAGUCCCCGUAUCAGUUGUUCCAGCUUAGGGGCAUCCUUUAUAUCAGAUAAAAUGUGGGAAUUGUGCAAAAUAAAUUUAUUUUUUAAAGAG